UCGCUCCCAUCACUACAUAUCCAAGCUGUCAAGCUAUUGGAGAGACGAGUUGUCAGCCGUCCUCAGCACUAACUGAGCUUCCAUUGUAUUACGUUCUGAUUCUCUUCACCUGCGUCAAAUCCGAGAUCAAAAGCUCCUCUGUCCCGAAACUACCCCGCUCUUCCCGCUCCUUGAUAAUCCCAGCACGUGAUAAUUCAACACCCAUCUUUGUUCAUCUCAAAAUACAUUGGGAGCUGAGCUGAUCAAGGAUCAGAGUUGAUUACUCUGAAUCUUUGAUAUUCAAUAUGGCUUAUCUCUGGGCUGGCGUGGCCAUUAUCGCGGCGUUCGUCUCUUAUCUUGGGCUCACAAGCUCCAAGAACACUAGACCCUCUUCGAGGAAAGCUCGACAGGCAAAAGCUAUGAGAGAGGCUUUUAAAUCUUUGACGAAACAGAAUGGAUCUACCAAGAACUUACUAGUAACAGUAAACAAGAACGCCGAUACUUUAAGAAUCAGUCAACUCUGGAUCUACCCCAUAAAAUCAAUCCGAGGCUGUCAAGUCUCUAGCGCAAUCCUAACCCAAGAAGGAUUCUACCUUGACCGACGAUUCAUGCUGCUCAAAGAUCACUCGGAAACGCCUCAAAAGCUCGAGAACAUGCAUGUCACCAAAUUUCCAAGCAUGUGUCUCUUCCAUACAUCUAUCAAAGGCGAUGAUACUUUAGUCGUUACAUACCACUCUCCAGGUUCGAAAUCUACAAAUGAAGCCGACACACUGGAAAUUCCAUUUGAGCCAGAAUCGUUGGAGAGCUUGGAGAGAGUCCCCGUGGUUAUGCAUUCUAGUCCUACUUCUGGGUAUAAUAUGGGAGACAAGUACAACUCAUGGUUUUCAGAACGCUUUGGGUUCAAGGUCGUUCUCGCGUAUUGGGGCGGGAAUCCUCGACCUGUUCUGGGAAAUCUUCCUGGGAAACCAGCAAACCAGGGCCCAAGAUCAAACAAUGCUAUCAUAAGGGUUCUCAGUUCUGUUCCAGUUAUUGGAUCAAUGCUUGAGCAGGAUGACGGUGUGAUAGCAUUCAAUGACUGUGCACCCUACCUCGUCAUCAAUGAAUCCUCUGUUGCGGAUGUCUCGACUCGCCUACCGGACGAUGUGGAAAUGGACAUCUCGAAAUUUCGCGCCAAUGUUCUGGUAACCGGCUCGUCAGCUACUGCGUAUUCUGAGGACUACUGGGCCGAAUUAACCUUCAACAAGACCGAAAAGCAGCAAGAAGCAGAGGGCCAAGCGGAAGGAUCCAAGAUUAUCCUUACAGGCAACUGUGGAAGGUGCAAGAGUCUCAAUGUGGAUUAUCAUACUGGAGAGAGUGGGACAGGAAGAGAUGGCGAUGUAUUGAAGUUGCUGCAGAAAGAUAGAAGGGUUGAUCUAGGGACGAAGUACAGUCCUAUUUUUGGAAGGUAUGGGUUUGUUCAGAAAGGGGAUGAAGGGAGGGUAGUGAGUGUGGGUGAUGAGGUUGUGGUUAGUAGGAGGAAUAAGGAGAGGACGAGGUUUUGUAAGUGUUCAAUGUCCGAACUUUUAUUGACUUCAUGCUUAUCAUUCUUCAGAUUGGCCAGGUAUUUCUACUUGAUUCUCAGCCGCGAUUUUUGGGUUUCCUUUGGAGGGUUUCUUCUCAAUAUUAGAGACUGUUUGGAUAAUCUCGCUUAGCCCAAGACUCAACUUCACACUCAACAGAACUUAACUUCCGUCUUCAACAAUACUGGGAUAUUCUAUCGAUCAUAUAUAGGUUCAUAUAUGGGUUCAUUUUCCAACUUGCAGGCUGCCUUUGUUACACAACAUUAUCUUGACAGCGAGGAUUUAAUUCCGCACUCUCGCGCUACUGUACCCCGCAAUCCAUCGUUCGGGACGACCCCGCACCAAACCCCUGAUACAUCCGGGGUUUUCCUAACUUCACUCAACAAACACA